GGUUGCCAAACAGUAAAGUUUUCGUAGGCUGUGUCAUUCAAACCUGUCGGUUGUGAUAAGAGGAUCUAGAUCAUACGUUUUAAGAUAUGUUUAACACAUGACAUAUCCAUCUUUAAACACUUACGUUGAAUGCCAGAUCAUUUUCGAAUUCACUAUAAAAGCUGGAAAUAAAAGCGCAGGGACGGAACUCAAGCUGCACCACUGGAUUCUAGAUCUCAGUAUCUUGCAAGUAAAAAAAAAAAUUGGAAGAUCUCCCUGGUCACCAAGUCUGUCCAUGCUGACCAACCAGGAAAGGGUUUGAAUAUUCUGCUUGACUUCAACCCCGCCUGCAUUACAUGUAGAGGGGGUGAAAACACUCAUAGAGUUCGAGGUAACCGUUCCGGUGUUGUGUUGCCUCAUCGUCAACACUUGAUUUGAGGACUUUGCUAUCCAGACUGCUUGGUACAGUCAUGCACCUAGAGGUGAAAGUGGCGCUGAACUUUAUCGUAUCCUACCUGUAUAACAAACUACCCCGUCGCCGUGCCGACCUAUUCGGGGAGGAGUUAGAGCGGAUACUGGUGUCACGUUAUGAAGGCCACUGGUACCCUGAAGCUCCUCUGCGGGGCUCUGCCUUCCGCUGCCUGCACCUAGGGGCCCCCAGGGACCCGUUAGUAGAACUAGCUGCCAGGAGAAGUGGACUGGACACAGAGGAGGUGCGAGCCAAUGUCCCCCCAGAGCUGAGUGUGUGGAUUGACCCCUACGAGGUGUCCUACCAAAUCGGGGAGAAGGGAGCUGUUAAGGUGUUGUACUUGGAGGAUUCACCCAGCUUAGGCGGGGAGGGUGAAAUGGUGGAAGGGGUGAGUGGUGUAAAUAAAGGAGACAUGGAGGUAGAGGAAACAAAGAGCUUAGGGUUCAACCCUGAGGCACAGGUGUUUGUUCCAAUCGGAGGUCAGGUAUCUCCAGUCCUACUCCCUUCCCUCUCCAGCUCGCCCACUCCUCUGUCGGGCUCCUCCUGCCCUGUGCUUUUCAGCUACCCUGGUUCCAGCACCCCCACAAACCCGACGGCCCACUCCUCCAACACGGCCACACCCUCCCCUCCGAGCGGACUCCCCUACCCCCCUGCUCAGCCGCCGCCGACGGCCACACUGCCAGGCGCCCGUCCACUGCCGCAGCCCAUCACCUUCACCACGGCCAGUUUCGCUGCCACUAAAUUUGGCUCCACUAAGAUGAAGAAGUCUGGCGGUUCGGGAUCGUCCGGCAGCGCGGGUGUGGGUGGGCCCCCGCCACAGAGGAUGCUCUCACGAUCCCCCACCAACAUCUCUCCCCCAGGGCUGCUGAAACACAAGCCUCUGUCCCUCUCUCUGCACUCCCUGGGGGGUCAGAUCCCCAGCCAGCUCUCCCCUAAUGCCAAAGAGUUUGUCUACCCAGCAUCCCCAGGGCCCCUCUACUUUGACACCGACACUUUGCCCAUGCCGCCACACGCCAGUCCCUUCCAGCCUCCUCACUCUGGCCACUCCCACCCCUCCUUUGACCCGUUCUCCAGCCCCCCACCGGGCCCAGCAGUCGGCGUCAUUGGUGGCAGCGGUGGAAUCGCUUACAUGGAGAAGCCCUCGUUUGUGGAGGGGAUUGGAGGGUAUAACCUGCAAUAUCCUAGCCAGGCCUUCCAGCCUGUGGUGCUGGCCAACUAAGCCUUUCUUAUGAUUAGUAUUGCUGUUGCAGUAGUAGGGCAGUAAUGCACACACUUUUUUUUUUUUUUCCUUUUCUAAAAUCGUUCUUACUGAUACUACAGCGUAUAAUUAAUUUUAUUACAACAACCUCCAAUAUGUAUUUCAUUAUCGUUAUUCCCAUAUGGUUUUUACUGUUCAGAUUUCUUUGAGGAUUUUGAGUUCAGUUUCUCUCUGACCUGAGGAGUGACCAGCGUCCUAUUGCACAGACAUUUUUUCCCCCAUUGAAUGUUCAACAGAGUAAAAUGCUCUUUAGCUUUGGGCUGUUGACAGCUGUAUCUGUUAAUUAUAUUUUGCACUGUCACGCUGUGAAACUGGACCGAUGUUCUGUAAGAAGGCUUUGGAAAGCUUGGCACUCCCCGGCCAAAUGCAAAGCGGGAUUGUGCCGUUUUUCUGUGAAGUCCUGUCGUGCUAACAAGUGUUAAAUGUUCUGUCCUGUGGCUUAUAGUCCAGACUCAUCAUUAAUAUUGUGGGCCAGUUACUCAAGCCUUGAAUCCCAGUGUCUGAAUCUGUUUGGCUUGAGGUAUCAGUAUUUGCCACUCACAAGCCCUGAAUUGUGUCCAUGGAACUUGCUAACAUGGGGAACCUCUGUAGUCUAGGGGAAAUAAAGGGUGUGAAGUGCAGGGUUUGAGGAAAUGUAUCUGUCACGACAGGAAAAAUUACUGCUGGGAAGGUCAGCAGACCUUUGUGAACGUGAGGAUAUAAUGACAUACUAAUCUUUCUGAACGCACCGCUUGCGUGCGCACACACACACACACACACACGGUAUAUUGAAACCAGUCAGCAGUGUGUGAAGGUGAACGGGUGUUGUUAGUGGGGGAUGGGAUGGAGUUAAGCAGCGGGGAUUGUGAUAAAUGGCUUAGCUUGACUUUGACUGUGAAGGAGAGGUCCUACUCUGCAGGGAAAGGAGAAGGCGAGGGAGGGAGGAGAGGAGAAAAGGCUGGCAUGACGGGGGCAUCCAUGAGGAGAGGAGUAAAGGCUGGCAUGACGGGGGCAUCCAUGAGGUUUUACCACUUCUGGCAUCUUGGGUGCAGUAGCUUUAGACGGACACUUUAAAACCCGGAGCACGUCUCUGUAGAGCAUCAGUGGCAUUGCAGCCAGAGGCUCAGGCUAGCUACCUUGCUCCAAUCUCUGUUGACGUUGCUACUCCAGGCCACCAGAAUCAUAUAAUGAAAGCUGUUGUUUUUGUUUUCAAUUUCCAGGACGAUGAAUGUUACCCAAAUCUUUGGUUUUUUGAUGCCAUGUUAGACCAUUCCCAUUGACAGUGGUGAUAUCCCGGCUCCAUAUAUUUAAUAGAGGGAUCUGGUAGGUCAGGGUUCAGGCAGCUGCCUAACCUCACCUUUCCUUUUGAGCCAAUCCAGCACUUUAUAUUCUUGAGCUAUAGAGGCCACGCACCCCGCCCCAGCCAGAGGUAAACAUAAAAAUAAAAUGUACAGGCCCAUUAUUUUAAAGCUAUUUCGGCUGAGACAUUUCAGUUCUGUCAAGAUGAGAUUUAUAAUAGAUUUGUAUUCUGAUAAAAUGGGAAGCGAAGGGGAAGCGGCCCUGGCGUCGUCUAAAUGUUUUCUAGAUUGUGCCUGUGUGUUUACGGUGACCGGAGGACCCUUGACCUGCACUCACACUGGCAUUUGUGACAGGUGGUCAUAUGCAUGGAUGCAGUCAUGCGCAUUUUUAUUUACUUUUCUUGGUUUCCAGGGGUUGGCAGGUGUGGCUGACAUCUCUUUAUACAUGUAUUUGUUUAGGAAAGGGUGCAUUUUUACAUUUUGUUUGUAAUUUAUUUACAUUUUUCUAUAUUUUUCCUGUGUGUUUUGCAAAAAUAAUGAUAAUUUGUAAAACUUAAGAGAUAUAUGUACUGUAACCCUAGUAUGUAUACAUUUCUUAUGUUUAGAUUUCCUUUGUUCGGUUUCUUAUGUGCUGAAGUUAUUUUUUACAGAAAUAACAAUGAAUAUAUAUGCAAGUUGAGACAAAAUAUAGAUGUAAAAAAUAAAGUAUUGAAUGUGUAUUGUACCUUGUACAGAGUUUGUCCAAUAAAAGACGGGUAAAUGUAAUCUGUUAAAUUGGGUUUUGGGAGAGUUUCAGAGACGAAUGUUUACAGUGGGUGAUGGAAAGUCUGAAGGCAUAGUUCUCAGUUGUCUGUGUUCUAAGGGCAGUUUGAAAACACUUGCGAAAGAUUCCUGUCCCUCCUUAAUUCAUCCUCUUAAAAACCAAAACGACCCACAUAUCCCCGUAAGUGCUGACACCUUGGUCAUGCCUGUUAUUCAUUCCUAUUCCAGCGAUGUAUUUUUCCAGUGCCAUACACUUUGGUUUAAGCUCUGUACUCCUACCCUUUAUUUGUGUGCCUGAACAGUCCUACUGUGACUCAAAUGGCUGCCAAUUCCAUUCUCCCAAAACAAGGGGAAGCUAAGAAUCCAUUCCUGGAGUCUAAUCCUUGUUGAGUAUUCCCCUCACAUCCAUUUGUGGUAACAAUCCCCUGCUUCUGCUACUAUAGCCAUAACUCAGACUGUCUUUACUCACACAGACACUGACACUGGUCUAGUGCAAUGUGUAACUAAUGCCAUAUUCUAGAACUCCAUCUGUGGGUUCUUAACCCUUUUCAACCUCAAAAUAAUCUCUAUAGAUUUUUUUUCCCCCCGGUAUGUUUUCAGUUUUACAAGCGGGUUUAGGGAUGAGGAGAGUCAAUGAAUAUGCUGUGAAUGUGACUAAAUUAUGAUCAGUCCCUGGUCAAUCCUGGAGGUGGACAGCCUAGAGAUGGAUGUAGCUAUAUUGUUUUAUUUGUUUGUUCACUCGUGAGAUUUUUGGUUUCCAAAAUCCUUAAAAGUUCUGGGUUAGAAGCAACACUCUGGUCAAUGCCUGCCAAUGGAAGGCCAAGAAUCCGACAUCUGAGGGAUGUGGACAGCACUACUUUUACUGUCAUGAGUUCUAGGAAAGUGUAUGCACAUGGUUUCACAACAUUAGCUUUUUGGUCACUUUGGGUGGACAGAGUGCUUAAGUUGUUUUAAAGAAGCUAGUUGUUGGGAUACAUCUUGUAUUAGGUGUAACACAUUACAAUAUCCUCUCUAUUGUAAUUCAAAAGCCUUGUGUUUUGGUUUUAUCUACACCAUAGGCUGCUCUACAACCAGGAUAGAAUCAAACUGAGGGGAAAACAGUUUUUUAUAUUAUUUUGCUUAUAUCCGUGUGUAUUUAAUUUGGCACUUUGCAAUAUGUUGUAAUAAAUUUAUUUUCUAUGUAAGAUUUAACAUUAAAGAAUAAAUGGAUAUAAUUCAAAGUCAGAUUUAUUAAUAUAGUGCUUUCUUUUUUUUUGCCUGUAUAUUGUUAUAGUUUUCCUAUUUUGUAUCUGAUCUGCACACCCUGUACACUACUGAAAUGCAAUGACCUGUUUUCUGUGCUCCCUGUGGGAACGGGGACUUACUACUGCAGUUUCUUAUUGUAUCAAGUUCUUUUUUUAAGUUUGUAAUAAAACAGAAUGGCAAAAAUACGCAUGGAAAAUAA